ACGCCAGUAGAGCGGCGGCAGCGACGACCGACGGUGUGUGAAAAAGUUUUGUAGCGAAAAUGUUGCCCUGUAAAAAUUGCCCGUGACUAGUUGGAAUAGUUUUUAAUCCGUUUUAGGCAGCGCAUUUCCGACCGAAAGUGGACGUACGGAUGUGGAUCGCACUCGAAGUCGGCCCGUGAGCUAGUGCAACGCAACCAUCCGCUGUGAUUUCCGGGCAAAGUUCAGCAAAUCUCUGCAGAGCCCCAAUCAACUGCUGAUCACAAAGAGGAUUUAAAGCACUGCAUCAAGAGAAGCUUUUGGAAAUCCGGACAUCAAUAUUCACUAAGCUGCUUACGAUUUUAGCUGACUGGUAGAGGCGCUUUUUUAAGACUAGCUUAAGAAAGAUCAUCCCGGCGAGAACUACUAGCACCAUGGGGAAGGAAUUGCUGAACGAUAGCUCUUUUUGCCAACAGUUAGGAGCGACACUAGUUCGCAAUUUUAAACUUAAAAUUAGAGACUCUAGGAAAACGAUUGCCGAAGUAUUCCUACCACUGUACACACUUGGCACCCUGAUCGUACUGAAGAUACUGAUUCCUAAUCCUAAUUUUCCCGCCAUCACCGAACCACGUGGCGCGGCAUCACUUUUCGAACAUUUUCAGCACUACAAAGCCCACACCAUCGCGGUACUGCCGCAGCCAAAUUCGUCGUCAACUGUGCAAUUCCUCGACGCAGUAAACGACCUAUGGAAGUCCAACCGGCAUCACAGCGCCGGUCUCCAUCCCAUCAAGUGGAACCUUUACGAUUCGCAAGAGGACCUGCUGGCUGCAUACUGGCGCGACCCGGACAAAAUGCCACUGGCCUUGAUUUUCCACAGCGAUGACCCCAUGUACGGCCAGCUGAAGUAUGAAAUCCGCACCAAUCCGUCAUUCUUCGUGACACCAUCGACGACGGAGCUUUUCUCGUCUCUGGUCACGUGCAGACAAUCAGACAGCUACUGGUCGGCCGUAAUACCGAUCGAAACCGGCGACUCCUGCCCGGUCAACCAGUACUACUACUCGGGGUUCAUUGCACUGCAGACGCUGCUGGAUUACACCAAAAUCAAGAUCGUGACACAAAACGACGACAUACAGAUACCUCACAUCACGCUGGAGAUGUUCCCCAAAGAAUCCUAUACGGGUAAUUGGAUGGUUGCGUUUAGACUAGUGAUACCUAUCUAUAUGGUGAUGGCCCUGUCCCAGUUUAUCACAUAUCUGCUGAUACUGAUUGUCGGCGAAAAGGAGAACCACAUCAAGGAGGGCCUGAAAAUAAUGGGCUUGCGUGACUCGGUCUUCUGGUGCGGUUGGUUCAUUAUCUACGCCGUAUUUGUCACCUUUCUGACGUUCGUGUCCGUGAUUUUGCUGUUCUCACUCGGUGUUUUCCAGCAUACCAACUAUCUGCCGGUGUUCAUUCUGAUUUUGCUGUACAGUUUUUCCGUCAUACUGAUUGGAUUUAUGAUUACGCCGUUCUUCGACAACUCGAGGACCGCCGGCAUCCUGGGCAACUUUGCCGUCAACAUCAUGUCGCUGCUGUACUUUCUGCAGGUGUUCAUCGACGAUACGCACACUUCGGCUGCCUUGUGGACCGUUUCGCUCAUAUCGCCGACGGGUUUUGCCCUGGCCAUGGACAAGAUCCUGGUGCUGGACAUCUCCGGCCAAGGCGUCACGCUGGACAAUCUGUGGACCGGUCCGGGGAUCCCGAUCGGCGGAUCGAUUCUGAUGCUGGUGGUAGACAUCCUGCUGUACGCCGGAUUGGCAUUCUACUUUGACUGCGUCAUACCGUCGGACCAUGGGACGAAGCAGCGGCCGUGUUUCUGCCUGAGUCGACAUUACUGGUGCAAGAAGAAAGUGCCAAAGGUGCCGCUGUUGAACGGGGAAUCGGCGAAUUCUUUCAACAAUCUGGACGAACAGGCGAGGGACGUGGAGCCGGUGUCGCGGGAAAUGCGAGGCAAGGAAGCCAUUAGGAUAGUCGAUCUGUACAAGACGUUCCAUUCGUGUCGGAAACCGGCGGUGAAUGCGGUUAACGGGAUCAACUUGACGAUCUACGAGGGACAGAUUACGGCGAUUCUGGGACAUAACGGAGCCGGGAAGAGUACGCUGUUCAAUAUUCUGACGGGGUUGACGUCGCCUACAUCGGGGACAGUGUACAUCUUUGGGUAUGAUAUCCGGGAUCCGAACGAUAUGACGAUGAUCCGGAGGAUGACGGGCGUGUGCCCACAGCAUGACAUACUGUUCGAGACACUAACUCCGAAGGAGCAUCUGUACUUUUUCGCGGCGGUGCGUGGAAUCGCCCCGAACUUGGUGGACAGUGAGGUGAAGAAGACGCUGAGGGAUAUCGAUCUGUUUGAUUCGGCAGAGACGAGGGUGAAGUACUUGAGUGGAGGGCAAAAGCGGAAACUUUCGGUGGGCAUUGCGAUCAUUGGGGAUCCGAAGAUUAUCAUUCUGGAUGAGCCGACGGCGGGCGUAGAUCCGUACUCGAGGAGGCAUAUGUGGUCGAUAUUGCAGAAUCGGAAACAUGGCAAAGUGAUCCUGCUGACGACGCACUUCAUGGACGAGGCGGAUAUAUUGGCGGAGAGGAAGGCGGUCGUUUCGAGAGGCAGGUUGAGGUGUUGUGGAUCGUCGUUGUUCUUGAAGAACAAGUUUGGAAUUGGGUACCACUUGACGUUGGUGCUGGAUUCGAAUUCGUGCGAGGUGGCGAUUACAAAGUUGGUGAAUGAGCAUGUGGCCAAAGCGGAAAAGGCAAGACGCCAUGGGCGAGAGCUGAGCUAUAUUCUACCGCACGAUGCGGUAAACUCGUUCGUAUCGUUGUUUGACGAUAUAGAGCAGGAGAUCAAGACGAAACAAAUGAAUCUGGGUAUUUGUUCAUACGGAGUGUCGAUGACGACUUUGGAGGAGGUUUUCCUGCAUUUGGAGACCCAGAGGGAGGAAGAGCAGAAGGUGGAAACAGAGGAUGACGACGAGCAGGACAGUGGCUAUGCGGUGGACAGCUUGAGUCGAAAAGUCAUGAAGAACCGAGCAUUGCCGAGGAGUCUGUCGCUGCAGGAACGGAGCAAUAGCUAUCAAUCGUUGAAGAAUGAUACGAAGAAUUUGCUGGAGGAACAGAAUCUUGAUAAUAAGAUUUCGCUGCCGGACAAUGGACUGGAUUUCGAUACAAUCAUACCGAUCAAUGGACUGACGAACGACGUUGAGGUUGUACAGAGUGAGAAGCAUUCGGCGGGGGUGUCUCCGAGCAUGAAGACGCAGCGCAAACGGCAGCACAGUAGAUCGCGCAAUGGAGUUAGCAAGAGCACCAAGAGCGUCUACGAGGAUGCCGCCAAUAAUUCGUCGUCGGUUGUGAAGCUAAACAGUCAAAACAAGACCAACUGGAUGGACUUGGAGGACAUCGUGCUGAAGCCGUCUUGUAUGAACACCAUUGUAGCGCUGCUGAAGCUUAGAAUUACAAUACUCUUUCGUGACAUUCAGCGUCUCUAUCUGUUAAUCAUAUUACCCCUAGCGUUUACGGCAUUAGGUUUAUACUUGAACUCGAUCCAGGUGAUUUCGCCGGUGAUGCGUUCAAUACUCCUAGAUAAUACAACGUACGGUAGCAAUAUUACCAAGAUAGCAGUACAUGAUAAUACCAAUAGACUGUUUUCGCAACAUAACCUCUACCAUCAUCUUCUGCAGCAGCAGCAGCAAUCAUCUCCCUCGCCUCUGCUGCUCCAUCAGAAGCACCAUCAACACCUGCACAACGCUCAGCAGCAAUCCAAAGAAGCAUCAUAUCUCUACCAUCAUUUCAUUGCCGAACUGAAGCAAUCGUCGAACGUCACCGAAGACUACAACGGCAACUUCUCGUUACUACUGGACAUUGCACCCCACAUGGCCGCGUUCAACAUCAAUUCAAUAUCAUCGACGAAUGUGUCAAUAACUACCUUGUACAAUGAUACCACUCAGCAUAGUCUACCAAUAAUAUUAAACCUAAUUAGCAAUAGCCUGAUGCGAAUAUUUGUCGAACUAAACCAGCAGUCCAUCUACCGGCACCAAAGAAUCAACUACGUCGACGAACGUGUCGCUGAAGAUCCGUUCGAUUCGACCUCCUCAAUCACCCCUCCCUCGACGGCCUCGCCGGAGUCGAUCCUCAACAUCGAACUUCGCUCUCAUCCGUUCCAGCAGACGACCCAACCGCAGGAGUUCAACAUCGGUACCUUCUCGUCGGCGCUGUUUGUCGGAAUGAUCUUCGUCCUCAUUCCGGUCUCGCUCGCCGUCGAUAUGGUGUACGAUCGGGAGAUGAAGGCCCGCAACCAACUGCGCGUCAACGGGCUCUCCUCGGCUCUCUACCUGUCGGCGUACUUUAUCGUCCUGUCCGUGCUGAUGGUGCUGAUUUGUGCUGCCCUGCUUGGGCUGGUGUUUCUGUUCGAUAUCCCGUCCUUCCGGCAGCCCCCGGCGCUGAUCACCCUCGGAUUGCUGGUGUUCCUGUACUCACCGGCUGGGAUCCUCUGUUCGACGUGCUUUUCCUACUUCUUCGAUCGGACUGACUCGGCGCAGUCUAUUCUACCGAAUAUUCUAACCUUCGUCGGAUUGAUUCCUUUUAUAUUGGUAGUGUUUUUAGAUAUGCUAGGAAUUGAGGUAAAAGCAGCGUUUGCCUUACACUUUGUGUUUUCGCUGAUCAACCCGAUGUACAUCCCGUAUGCCACGGUGUACUUCGUCGAUCGGGUUUACAUCGCAUGCCAGCUGAGCUCCGCCUGCGCAGAACUUUCGAUGGCUCACUACAUGACCGAGGAGAUGAUCGUCAUGGCCUGCGGUUGUCUGCUACAUAUCCCCAUUUGGGCAUUCUGCCUGCGAGUGUCGGACGUAAUGAAGAGCGGUGGCCGCGUACGAGACCUGUUCCAUCGCACUGCGAGCGAAGAGGACGUGAUGGCCGAGGAUCAAUGCAUCGGCGAGCAUGAGGAUGAAGACGUUCGGAACGAACGGUCCAAGGUAUUCCGGUUGACCACUCAGGAUCAAACCGGGCAGACCCAACCAGUGGUCGUGGUGAAGAGCUUACGAAAGGAAUUCUCACAGGAAUCGCUCUGUGGGAACUGUUGCUGCUGCGCAGACGACGAACCUCCCCGCAAAAAAGUAUCCGUGCGCAGUUUAUCGUUUACAGUGGAUGCUGGUGAAGUGCUGGGUCUGCUGGGUCACAACGGGGCGGGCAAGACGACCACCAUGAAAAUUAUGACGGGCGAAACGGUACCCACGAGGGGGACAGUUCGCGUUGCCGGCCACAGCAUAACCAUCAACCAGGACGACGCGUUCAAAACGCUGGGCUACUGUCCGCAGCACGACGCACUCUGGAAGAACAUUACCGUCCGGGAACACCUGGAACUGUACGCUCGCAUUCGUGGGGUAUCGAGAAAGGACAUGAACCGGCUGAUUACCACCUAUCUCAAGGGACUGCACAUAAGCGAGCAUGCCAACAAGCAAACGCAACACUGUUCCGGCGGAACCCGUAGGAAACUUAGCUACGCUAUGGCGAUGGUUGGUUCACCGAAGGUGGUCCUGCUGGACGAACCAUCCACCGGGAUGGAUCCUAAAUCGAAGCGAUUCCUGUGGGACACCAUCCUGGCCAGCUUCCACGGAAAGCGUUGCGCCAUGCUGACGACCCACUCGAUGGAGGAAGCGGAUGCUCUUUGUUCACGUGUCGCAAUCAUGGUCAAGGGGGAAUUGAGAUGCCUCGGUUCGACGCAGCACCUGAAGAACCUGUACGGUGCGGGGUACACACUCGAGAUCAAGCUGAAGCAUAUCGAAAGUGUGUACAGCGAGACGCCGAUCGAGAGCCAACCCAGCAGCAGCCAGGAGCAGUUGCAGCUCGAUCAGAGCAGCGUGGACCACAUCGGGCCGGUGCCGGUCAUCAGCAACUGCAUCGACAACCGAUCGAUGGCGUUGCGCAACUUUGUGACUGAUCUGUUCCCUAGUGCCACCCUGGAGGAGAGCUUCGCCGAUCGGUUGGUGUACUCGGUGCCCCAGCAGGCAGUCAGCUCGCUGGCCGAGUGCUUCUCGCGGCUAGAGAAAGCCAAGACGGAACUAGACAUCGAGGAAUACUCGUUCAGCCAAACCACCCUGGAGCAGGUAUUCCUGAAGUUUGCACAUUACGACGAGGAGACGUCCAGUGUGCAGUAGUUUUUCCCCUUCUGCUCGCCCUCAUCGGAUGCUGAUGAUGACGACGACGACGACAAAAA